AUGACAUCAACUCCCCCGUACGGACCACCUCCUCCCGAGGACGCUGCAGUACUUGUUAAUGGCUACCUCCCGUUUCCGCAACUGGGUGUAUGGAAGUGGAAACCUCGAGAAGUUACAGGGUUGUUCGUCAUGUACAACGAGAUUAAACCCAAUUCCGCCCCAUUUGUCCCGCCUCCCCUGGCUCCGGCUCGUUUUGUUCUCGUCUAUACUGCCUCUGCUCAAGGAUAG